AUCAUGAGGGGUUGUUGCUACCUUGGGGCUUAUGAACGCUGUGUUUGUAUUGUUUGUGUGCUUGGUGCGUUUGGUACAUGGAGGUAUUAGUGGUUCUUGAGCCAAGCAGGAGAGGGAUACUUGAAUUUUUUUUUUCUUGAGAUAUGGAUUUAUUGAAUUUAGGUGGCUUUAGAUAUUAUCUUGCAAAUCGCAGGUACUCCACCACCUCAUGUUGGAAAGGCAACCUAGGGUGAAUAGACCUUGUUGGGUCGUCCCUCUUAUUCUUGUGGCGCGAAUGUAUUAGAAAAACUAACCGGGACAGUCUAACAGCUUGUAAUUGGACCACAGCUCUCUUGUGUAGUUGUGUAUUCGUGGAGGAAAAAAGAAAGGCAACUGGUUGAUAAACACUUCAUUUUUUAGGGGAAUAUGUUGAAUUGGAGAUCCAAAUUCGCAACUAAGAAGUUAUUGAGUACAGUAGCUUGUGCAAAGCCUGAUGAUUCUGAAUUUGAAAGUGUGGAUGCACCACUUGAGCCAGAAACAUGGGAAGGGAGUUUUUUGUGUGGUCUGUUGAAGAACCUUCCACAUAUUUUUCUAGCUGCAGCAGCAAAGCAACUGCAAGAAUUGUCUAACCAAAGAGAAGACACCUUGAACCGCUGGGAACAUAGUAUUGGUUCUAAAGAGGACUGCCUUCACAGGAGGAUUGCUGAGCUGAAGGAGCAAGAGUGUCAAACAGCUAUUGAGGACAUCAUGUACAUGCUGAUUGUUUAUAAGUUUUUCAAGAUUGAAGUUCCAAUGGUUCCAAAUUUGUCGAAGCUCAUCAGCAACAGAAGAUUGCAGUUAUGGCCACCAAGGGAGACAGAUCUCGAGUCCAUUCAUGGACCUGAGGUACUAGAACUAAUUAGGGAACACUUGACUAGCAUUAUCAGAUGGGUACAUAGAAAUGGUCCCAAGAUCAAUCGCUCAACACUUCGCAUUAAAAGACUGCAAUUUGGUCGGAUAUAUUCCGCUUCAAUAAUGUAUGGAUACUUCCUGAAAUCUGUCAGCAUCAGGCAUCGUUUGGAGCUGACUCUCACUCGCUCAGAAGAACUUCCUCCUCAAAUUCAAUUUCUGAAUGCUCAAUUUACAAAUAAACAAGAACAGGAAGAGGCUGUUGGAGGCUCUGGAGAAGUGUCAUCUUCUUCGAAACCAAGUUCAGUUGUCAACCCGCAUGACUUGAAGGGUUACAUGAUGGGAUUUGACCCUAAGACUUUGCAGCUUUGUGCGAAGCUGCGCUCUUGUGAAGCUGCUAAUCUCAUUGAGAGGCACAGCUGGGCUCUUUUUGGACAGAACAUGGAACCCACCCAAGAGAAUGAUGAAGCGGUUAUACUUGACCCUUCGUCCCUAAAAAGACUACUACUUGAAGCCAUUGCAUUUGGUUCCUUCCUUUGGGAUGUCGAAGAUUAUGUGGACGAGAUUUAUAAGUUGUCGGAUAGCUGAAGGAAGUGCUGCAGAAAGCUUCUGCCACCUUGUAGAUGUCAGCCGGAAGAUGAGUUGCUGAAGUUUUUCCUGGAGCCUUGUAUAUAUGACUAGCUGUGUACAUGUAUAGAUGCCUUCAUCUCAAAUUUGCCUCAUUUUGGGGGGGUGCUUUAGAUGUGUCCUACAAAUCAAUACUAGUGCAAAGUUUUUUAAUCUAAAGUUAUGUUCUAUA